UCAGAGACUACGUAGAUCCCUCCACAGCCCUGGUUACCACAAGAGUUAGCACGACCUAAACAUUCACAAUAUUGAUUGAACCCCUAUAGCAUCAAUCAUUGUACUGGACACCACACCAAAUAAGCCUAAGAAACCCUCUUAUUCACAAUUACAUACCUGGCUUAGGGCUUAUAUACAUUAAGUGCUCAAUAAAUGACUGCUAAAUAAAUACAGGACUUUACAAAGCCACUCCCCAGCUCCUUCAGUCGCUUCCUCAAGGCCAGACAUUCUUAGCAACAGGGUCUGGUGAAACCCAGUAAAGCCUCGUCCCCUCUUUAGAGACCAAACACUCCAGGAUUCAUUUGCUAAGGGGAAGGAGCCAUUCCUUAGCAACAAGGUUUGGUGUGGUCAGGUGGUAUAUAGGGAAGUCUGAAAUGUCACAAGCAAAUCCCCAGGGCCAUAUCAGUCGCGUGACUGGGUGUGGCAAAGUCUAGUGGGACCUGGGGAGGCUGGAGGUCUCUACACCUGCACUGGUCCCAUCCAGAACUCCUUGGUGUUCCUUGCUGCUGAGGGGGCUGACACUCUGAGCCAUGAGGACUGGUAAGGCCCAGGCUGACCUGCCUCCCGGCCCGCCCCGCAAUGUGGCACCCGCUAGCCCUGUUGCUGCUGCUCGCCUCUGCCUCGGUGCCCCCCUCCACUGCAGCCCCGAUCCGCGAUGCUGACGCCCAGGAGAGCUCCUCGGGUUUUCUAGGUCUCCAGAGUCUCCUCCAAGCCUUCACCCGGCUUUUCCUGAAACCCCAGGAUGACCUGCUGCGGGUCAUGGACAGCUUCUUCUCUGCUCCUAUGGACUUCCGGGGCCUCCCUAGGAACUACCACCAAGAAGAGAACCAGAAGCACAGGGUGGGAAACAAAACUCUCUCCAGCCACCUCCAGAUUGACAAGGUGACCAACAACAAGACAGGAGAGGUGCUGAUCUCUGAGAAGGUGGUGGCAUCCAUCGAGCCAGGAGAGGGGAGCUUGCAGGGUGACUGGAAGGUACCCAAGAUAGAGGAGAAGGAGGCCCUGGUGCCUGUGCCAAAGGCCGUGGACAGCUUCCACCCGGAACCCCACCCCCAAAUGACCUUCUGGAUCAUGAAGCUGCCACGGCGGAGGUCCCACCAGGAUGCCCAGGAGAGCAGCCACUGGCUCAGUGAGAAGCGGCACCGCCUGCAGGCCAUCCGGGAUGGGCUCCGAGAGGGGACCCGCGAGGACGUCCUCGAAGAGGGGACCCAGAGCUCCUCUCAUGCCAGGCUGCCCGCCCGCAAGACCCACUUCCUGUAUAUCCUCAGGCCCUCCCAGCAGUUAUAGGGGUGGGGACUGGGGAACACCUGCAUGUACCCCCCCCCACCAGACCCCGCCCCAGCCACAAUAUGGAAAUUAAACUUUUUCUAACAUCCAGCA